CGAAAUGAAAAGUGUGUGUAAAAGAUAUUACUAAAUGUUGUGUUCGUCCCUUGUCACGCGUCAAGAAUCAAUUAAUAUAAAAGACUGAUUUUCAAGAAUAACAACUUACAUCGAUGCUGCGUACAAAGAGUAAAAACAAAUCAACAAACGAGGCUAAUGAGGAACAAAGUAAACAAAGAAGACCAAAAUGUGCGCGUUGUAGAAAUCACGGUUUAAUAUCCUGGUUAAGAGGACACAAACGAGAAUGUCGUUACAGGGAAUGUCUCUGUCCAAAAUGUUCCCUCAUAGCUGAACGUCAACGAGUUAUGGCUGCUCAGGUCGCUUUGAAGAGACAACAAGCUGCCGAAGAUGCAAUAGCCUUGAGGAUGGCGAAAGUAGCUACAGGUGAAAAACUGAACCGACUUCCAGCAGGGAAAAUAUUUGGGAUGGCUGUGACCGAACCAAAAGGAAUAUCCAGUCAAGAAGAAGAAAAGGAUAAGGAUAUGAGUCCUCGAAAAGUCGAUUCUCCAUUGGAUGAUUCAACGAAGAGGAAUUCGACUGACGAGGGAACGAGAUCGAUGAAAGGAGUAAUAAACGGCUCGAUGGACAAAGAAGUAUCGGUAUCUCGAAGAUCGAUCGAGACUCUGGCUCGUCUCUUUCCUAGAACUAAAUUAUCAGUCUUACAAUUGGUUCUCCAACGAUGUGGCCAAGAUCUGUUAAAGGCAAUCGAGUAUUUCGCUAGUGAAAGUUUUGGGAUUGGCUCUGUGUCGAGUGCUGAGGUUCCAACGUCAGCCUUUAGACCACCUCAAACACAAGUUGCAUUGGAUCGAGAAAGACCGACCAAUGAUAUAGAUCUAUCGACCAAUAAUCACUUUCCUCCGACUUCCUCGAAUUUUACCAGAAAUUUUUAUCUUGAGGAUGCUUACCGACUUCUCAAUGUCCUACCUGAACAUCUUUCCAAAAAUAUCAGUCCAAACACAGGACCAGCAACCUAUCCCACAUCGAUCAUACAUCACUCCGAUUCAUCAGAUCCCUCGACUCUACCAAUUUCUUAUGAUCGAGAAACCGUUGCUCUAACCGUUCGAUACAACGAUUACUUUGCUUCCAGCAUGCAACAACAACUUAGAGAUCGUGUUUAUGCUCAAGUUACCGAUCGCCUUGCCGAUCAUCUUGCUGAUCAGCUCGCACCACCUAGAUCAGCUACUUUACAUUUACCACCUGUAUUUCCUGGUAUUCCUUGUGUCCUACCAAAUUGCACUCAGUGCUCCUAUAAUAUACUCUGAUUCGUUUCUCCAUUUUAACGUUAUUAGUUAUGAUAGAAGAGAAUUGCCAAAAUUUUAUCAUACUUGAAAGUAUUUUGAGUUAUAUCCAUUUAUUUGGUAAGAAUUUUUAUGAAAAUUAAUAUCAAAGAUUGUCAGACGGUUUUUUAA